AUGUGUUUAGCAGGAAGACCAGUUCCGCUGCUGCACAACAAGCCAGGCCAGAGAACCAAAAGCUUCAGCGAGGCAGCAGCUUACCAUGUGCAAGCAGCAACUCCCAACGCCGUGCCAGAUUACACAACCGUCACGUGGGAGGAACCUACCAACAUGCACGGAUGUGAAAAAGCAGAACCCUUCCAAAAGGUACCCAAAUUUGGCCACUCGGUAAUAAUGGAAAGAGUGGCACAGCAGGAUAGGACCUCGAGCUGCCCCACCUCCCUGCAAAGCGCUGCUAAUCAGCGCCCUCAGUCCAAGUCGGGCACACUUCACGUCCCCGAGCAUCCCCAGUGCAGCCGGGUUGGACAGGCAGCUGGCAGCAGCAGCGAGGCUCCAGCUGCAGCUCUGCGCUGCCACAGCUUACAUUUCAAGUGGCCAUUAGGGGCUCGUAUGCUGGCAGCACUAUAUGCAAUGAGCAUGGUUUUAAAAAUGCUGCCUGCCUUGGGCAUGGCUUGUCCACCAAAAUGUCGCUGUGAGAAGCUACUCUUUUACUGUGACUCUCAGGGGUUUCACUCAGUGCCAAACACCACUGAAAAGGGCUCUCUAGGUUUGUCACUGAGGCACAAUUUUAUUACUGAACUUGAAAGGGAUCAAUUUGCGAGCUUCAGUCAACUUACUUGGCUUCACUUAGAUCAUAAUCAAAUUGCAACAGUCAGAGAAGAUUCUUUUCAAGGACUGUAUAAACUUAAGGAAUUAGUCUUAAGUUCCAACAAAAUCUUUCAUUUGCCAAACACCACUUUUAGCCAGCUGCUUAACCUGCAGAAUUUGGACCUCUCUUUUAAUCAGUUGUCCUCUCUGCACCCCGAGCUGCUCUACGGCCUCCGCAAGCUGCAGACCUUGCAUCUGCGCUCCAACUCCCUGCGGACGAUCCCCGUCCGCCUGUUCUGGGACUGCCGUAGCCUGGAGUUCCUGGAUCUGAGCACAAACCGCUUGCGAAGUUUGGCUCGCAAUGGCUUUGCGGGAUUAAUCAAGCUGAGGGAGCUGCACCUAGAGCACAACCAGCUGACAAAGAUUAAUUUUGCUCAUUUCCUCCGGCUGAGCAGCCUGCACACUCUCUUCUUGCAGUGGAACAAAAUUAGCAACUUGACGUGUGGGAUGGAGUGGACCUGGGGCACCUUAGAAAAGCUCGAUUUGACUGGAAACGAGAUCAAAGCCAUCGACCUAACAGUUUUUGAAACUAUGCCUAACCUUAAAACCCUCCUCCUGGAUAACAACAAGCUCAGCACGCUGGACUCCAAGAUCCUGCGCUCGCUGCCGUCGCUCAGCACCGUGGGGCUCUCGGGCAAUCUGUGGGAAUGCAGCGCCCGGAUCUGCGCGCUGGCCGCCUGGCUGGGAGCCUUCCGGGGCCGCUGGGAGCAUCCCAUCCUGUGCCACGGCCCCGACCACGCCCAGGGAGAGGACAUCCUGGACGCCGUGCACGGCUUCCAGCUCUGCUGGAACGCAUCGACCGCCGCCCCGUCCGCGGCUCCGACGGACGCUCCCACCACCGAGUCCACGAAAGGCAUCAGCUCCUCUCAUUUCCAUAUGGGAGACAAAGAAAUCCCCACCACGGCAGGCAUGGUCGUCACCACCGAGGAACCCUUCCCCGAGCCAAACAAUGCCAUCUUCACUCAGAGGGUAAUUACAGGGACAAUGGCUUUAUUGUUUUCUUUCUUUUUUAUCAUUUUUAUAGUGUUCAUCUCCAGGAAAUGCUGCCCUCCCACAUUAAGAAGAAUUAGGCAGUGCUCAAUGAUUCAAAACCACAGGCAGCUCCGAUCCCAAACGCGGCUACAUAUGGCAAAUAUGUCAGACCAAGGACCGUACAAUGAGUACGAACCCACCCACGAAGGACCCUUCAUCAUCAUUAACGGCUACGGACAAUGCAAGUGUCAGCAGCUGCCAUAUAAAGAAUGUGAAGUAUAAUACUUAAAAUUAAACCAGAUAAGUAACCUAUUUUAAAAUUGUAGGGGACCUACAGCAGAUUCUAAUUUUUACAAAUGUUGACGUAAAGCCUAAUUUUCCAAGCUACUCAAUGGAAGCAUUGUUUAUGGAGUGGUGCAGUAUUUUUA